AUGAACCUGCUGGACGAGAGGCGGCGGCAGGUGAAGCAGCUGGAGCGCCGCAAGAGGCUGGGCGGCGUCACGGCGGUCUUCGAGGACCUCAAGCGGACGCUCGUCUGGGAGCCGCCCCCGCCUGCGAGCCCCUCGGCCCAGCCAGACGCCACCUCGCCCCGCGGCUCGCCGCGGAGCGCCCGGGAGCCCCGCGGCCGGGCGCGCGUCGAGAUCCCCGAGCUCAAAGGCCCGCCGACGGCGCACGAGGUGGUGCUGCAGCUGUACCAGGUCCUCACGGCCUGGUACCUGACCGUGCGCGGCGGGGCCUACCGGCGCAGGCGCGCCCAGCUGCGGGGCGCGCUGGCCUGGGAGGGCCCAGCGAGGGCCCGCGCCCUGAUGGACGUGCGCACCAUGCUGGUCGACGCCCAGCGAGUGUCGUGGUUCAGCGCUCCAGUGAGGUACCCUCACUGUGCGGCGGGCGACGUGCCUUGUUCUUCUUCUGACCAUGCCGAUGCAGGGGCCGCCCAGCCUCCGCGCGGAGACGCAGCGGGACUUCGCUGGGCUCGUCGACAGCGUGCGCCAGAGGCUCCACGCCAUGGUCGCGUCCGAGAAGGAGAACCUGGCCGAGCGGGACCGGGAGGUGGUGCAUCAGUGGAUGUUCCAGGACAACACAAAGGAUCUGGGGACGUCAAGAAGCUUCGCAGGCAGGGCGAGCAGGCCGAUCGCCAGCUGGAGGCGGCGAAGGAGCUCCUGGUGAAGGCCCCCGCCUUCCUGCGGCUCGUGGAGCUCGUGCACGCCACGUUCUUGACCUGGAGCGUGGAGGACGCGGCGACGCUCCUGCUGCAGGCCUUCCAGGACACCUCCUCCUUGCAGCUGCCAGUCAUGGCAUACCCCGGGCUGGCCCCCGCCAGCACCUCCGGCGCUGCCGCCGCGGCUGUCUUCCAGACGAGCCCGAGCCACGUCGAGGUACAGGGGCAUUUGAACGCUUUGCUCGAAGCCGUGGUGGACGCGGCGGAGCCCCUCCUCGAGAUCCAACAGAAGGAUCCGCCGCAGGAGAAUCCCAGUUCCCGCAGCGCAGACGGCGAGGCUGAUGGGCUGGAGCGCGCGGGCAAGGAGGAGACCAGCCUGAUACGACUCUACCUUUCCUCAUCGCGACCCUACAGGCAAGCGGUCAAGGGCCUGGACAGGCAGCUCAAGCGCUGCUUCCGGGCCGCGGAGAGGUGCCUGCGGGGUGCCCACGAGCAGCUCGGGGAGCCGCUGUCCGUGCACGCCGCCCUGCUCGCCUGUCUCUACGCGGACCGCCCAGGCCUCGCCCGCCACAUCGCCCACUGGGGCCCGCCCGGCUGCGGACCCGAGCCCGGGGCGACUGCGAUCGGCAACAGGCUGCUGGCCGACUUCGUCUUCUUCUGGCUCGCAGGGCCCCACGCGCACCUGGGCGAGGCGAGGCAGAUCCUGCAGCCCCUCUUCCACUGCGUCGCCAUGGUGUGCGCGAGCGACCCAGGGCUGAGCCUCGAGACGGCUCCCCUGCCAGCCGGGGGCCUCGGCCAGCCGCCUCGGGGCGGCCCGGCGGUCGUCGAGGAAGCGGGCGAGGCAACAGCUGGAGGCGCUGGCUGCGCCCGCCUCUACCCGGCGUUCCGCGACGUGCAGCGCGCGUCCGCGAGCCUCUCGGACCUGCUGCUGAGGCAGGUCGUGCGCGAGGGGAAGUUCGCCGAGCACGUGGAGGGCUUCCCGGAGGGCCUCGAGCAGGCGCCCGCGCUAUGCAGCUGGUUCCGGGAGCUGGUCGAGAGGUGCCAGCGCUGGCACGACGCGGUGAAGGGCAUGCGCCAGGUGCACCAGUGCGGGCCCUUGAGGCUGGACAUGAGCUUCCUGAGCUUCUCCGCGGCGCAGGUGCCAGCGGCACUGCUGGGCGCCGGGGCCUACCUGCUCAACCUAUACGCGGUCCGCAGCGGCCGGACCCUCUUUCGCAGCGUCCAGGCGGCCCUGGGAGAUAUAGCCACGGAGCCUGCCAGCCUGGCCGAGAUCGUGCGCGAGAUGCUGCUCCUUCGCGGAAUGCACGCCCGAACGCUCGAGUACAGAAAAGACCACAAGCGUCUCGAGGAGCUGUACCAGGCUCUCGCGGCUGCAGCCCGCUUGCCCGUGCUGACGACGCCUGUCUCGCGGCUAGUUGGCACCCAGGUGACCUUGCACGUGGACCGCGGUGAAGGGGAGGUUUUGUCGCAGCUCGGCUUCGACAUGUGGAGGCAGCCGGGGGGCGGCCUUUCGACGGCAGCACUGGCGUUCUUGGUGGAGACCGCUGGGGAGUCCCUCGCCCUCGUCGAGACGCGUGCUGGGAGCCUCAUGGGCGACGUGGCCGGCCGCGCCAGCCCUUUCCGGGGCCGCGCCGAGGAGGCGGCGCGCGAGGUGUCCUUGAACGCGGAGGCGCUGCUUUUGGAGAUGGAGUCCGCCCUGUCGCCGUGCGACAGGUUGGCUGAGGACGCGCGCUUGGCAGAGGACCCGCGGUGGACGUCGUGGCUCCGCGACGACGACGACGUCGGCUACGGUGGCCUCGACCCCUCCUCCCCUGCCUUCGGCACGCCGGCGCCCCCGCCGAUACCCCGCAGGCCGCUGGUGAGAACGAUCAGCGGGAAGUCGCCCCCGCUCAGCACAGGCGACCACUACACGCACCAGGAGGUCCAGGCGGCGCUGGCCAGCUUCGAGGGUCCCUGCGCUGAGCUGCAGCGCCGUGGGAGCCUCGUCGCGCAGUACCAGGAGCUCACGGGCGGCGGCGGCCACCCGCUGCCGAGCGCCGCGGACGGCAGGCAUGGAGUGGUGCAGCAGAGGCUGUCGGCACUGCAGGCGUUCUGGGGCAGCGUGCGCGAGUGGGACCGCCUCGUGGACGGCUGGCUGGAGUCGCCCCCGGCAGAUGUCCGCAUCGACGAGGUGCAGCGCCAUGUCCGCAGCACCCUUCGCGCUGCCGCGCGCUGCCCAGAGGGCCACAUGACCCUCCUCCGUCAGCGCGUCGACCGCCUGCGUCGACUGCUGCCGCAGCUCGCGCUGGUGCAGUCCCUGGCAGCUGGCGCCCCGCUGAAGGGCGGCGCGGAGGGCGGUGCGCCCGCGCUGCAUGCGAGGCUCCUGCGCCACUCGCUGCCUGGGCGCACACGCCGCGUACUCCAGACGCUGUCGGAGAUGCUGUGCAGGCGCCCCGCGGACGCCGAGGGCACGAGCAGGCCAGUGCCCAGCUUGGGCGGCGUGAUCCGCAGAGGCUUGCUGAAUGACGGGGAGUACAUUGCCCGGAUCUACCAGCUCGCCGUCGCGGACGACGGGGGCGAGCCCCCCGAGGAGACAGCCGCGCCCGCUGGCGGCGGCGGUGAGCGGGCUGGUGCCGAGGAGGGCGCCCCGCCCAUCGCAGCGGAGGCCGACAUGCCCCCCGUGGAGCAGCGGGCCGAUGGGCCCGCGCCCGGCGGCGCAGCAGAGGCGGCCGCGGCGCAGGAGCUCGCGCCACCCGUGGCCCCGAGGCCACCCUCGGCCCGGCGCGGCAGGCCCACGCCGCCGGCCGCCCCGCGGGCGCCCGCCGCGGCGGUGCCGCUGCCGCCUCCGCUGUGCCGGAAGCCCUGGAGGGACCGCGGCGCGCCGCGCGAGGCCAUGCCGCCGGGCGAGCGGCGCGCCUGGAGGCUGCCGCCCACCGCCGAGCUGGGCGGCGGGCUGGGAGGCGGCGGGGAUGCCCCUCCGCACCGAGAGCAGCUGCGCGGGCUCCGAGGCAGCUUCAGUCGGACGCAGGAGAGCUAG